AGCCUCCGCGGGUUUUGAGUUGCAAAUUGUCAGGAACCGGGAGGCUGCCGGCAGCCCGUGUUGUUGACUGGAAGUGGAUUUCCAUCUCUCAGACACUAGUUAGACUGGGCCGGGUGUUCUGGAAGGGGGGUGGAAGUCGAGAGGAGGAGAUGCUGUGAGCAGAGUUCUUGAAGCUCCACUCCUCUGGGGAAGCCGAGCUGUGAGGGAGCCUUCUGACUGAGCGGAGCGUGUGAAUUGGAAGGGAUCCUGUGAGCCGGCGAGUCCGGCUCCUCUCCGGAAAAGCAGUCGCUCUGGCUUCAGAGCUGUGGCCAGGCUUCGCCUGCAUCACACUGCAUGAUUUAAUACUUUAUUGAAACUACAAACUCAUAUCCACAGCGGUCUCAUGUUGACAGAUUGCAUAGUUUGAAAGCAUGACAUAUUUUAUAAUGAAACUUGCCAUGUGGAAACUUUGAAGCCUAAAUUCUGCCAAAAUCUGAAUAAAGAAUUCCUCACCUGGCAUGUAAGAGAUCUCCUGACCACCACCAUGACAAACCAGGAAAAGUGGGCCCACCUCAGUCCCUCAGAAUUUUCCCAGCUUCAGAAAUAUGCUGAGUAUUCUACAAAGAAAUUAAAAGAUGUUCUUGAAGAAUUCCAUGGUAAUGGUGUGCUUGCAAAGUAUAAUCCUGAAAGGAAACAAGACAUUCUUAAUCAAACAAUUGAUUUUGAAGGUUUCAAGCUGUUUAUGAAGACAUUCCUGGAAGCCGAGCUUCCUGAUGAUUUCACAACACACCUUUUCAUGUCGUUUAGCAACAAAUUUCCUCAUUCUAGUCCAAUGGUAAAAAGUAAGCCUGCUCUCCUCUCAAGUGGUCUGAAAAUGAAUAAAGGUGCCAUCACCCCUCCUCGUACUUCUCCAGCAAACACGUGUUCCCCGGAAGUGAUCCAUCUGAAGGAUAUAGUCUGUUACCUGUCUCUCCUGGAAAGAGGAAGACCUGAGGAUAAGCUGGAGU